AUGAGUAUGAAGAGAUAAUCCGAGCCAGACACGAACGGCCAGAAUCAAGAGUCAAUCUGCGAACGCAUCCAAUGUUUACCAUUGAAAACUAAACAACUUGAGAGUGUUUUUGUUAUUGACUUAAUCAUCGUCACCCCUCAACCAACAAUAACAACAACUAGAUGUGAGGGACUCGAGGCGUACGACAUAAAGGCAACACUGGACGUGAGAGAGAAGUUGAUGACUGUAACACCUCAUCAAGAGGAACUUGUUGAUGUCCCUUAGCAAGUUGCGCAAGACUUCCCCCGGGCCGGAACCUGUUGUUGGUGUGGCUCAAGAGGUUCGAUGGAGGUGGCUCACCUGCUUCUUCCUGGCUAUAGUUAUUUGAGUUAAUAUUAAAUAUAUGCCACUAAUGCGCAUAACCACCCGGCCCAGACGUAGAGGUUACAAAAAGAUGGCUUGGUGGCAACAAGUGUUGGCUGUGGAUGCCAAGUUUAACAACCAUCGUGCUCCAGCUGCCCCGGGUUUCAAAACACUAUAUAUCAGACGGCGUAGUCAGCUACUGCGGGACAGUGCACGUGAAGAGGAUAAUGCUGGUAUACAUAAUUACUUAAGGGUACGACUAGCAUUGUUGCAGCAGCGUUAUUGUGUUACUUUGGACCAGCUCAGUCUGAAGAGUAGGCCAGCAAGUCUUCGUUCUGCAUCACGUCUCACAGUAGAGGGUGACUCCCCACGUUGUAUGAGCCGGACAAUGAGUAUUGCCAUGUCGCAGACGGGUAGCCAAGGCAUCGAGGGACCUCAGGGUCCUCCUCCACCUGGUUCAGUUGUUCCUACACAACGAGCUGAAGCUUCAAAAGCCAUUGUGGGCGGCACUUCAAUUGGGGAGAAUUAUGCAUUCUCAGGAGUGCAUCACAUAUAUGAUCAACAUGCAGAUAGUGUUACAAUGGUGAAAUUUGCUCACAAUGAUCAGGGUCUACUUGCUUGCUCUUCCCUAGAUGGUACUCUGUCAGUGUGUCAGGUGGCUGAUGGGGAGCCCUGCGUGCUUCACACUCUUCGUCAUCACACUGCAGGAGUAACAGGAUUUGACUGGUCAUCCACAAAUGACCUUUUACUAUCGUGUGGUGAGGAUGGUGCUAUCUGCCUUUGGAGCUCAGCAACAGGGCGUUGCCUGCGUACAGUUAGCGAUCAAGUUGGAGGACAAGUUCUCUCUUGUCUCUUCCAUCCUCUUAACUCCAACUGGGCUGUUCUGGGCAAUAGCCGAGGAUUGGUGCAAGUUUUAAACAUCUCCACCGGCCAUUACCCAAAGGGAGGAACUAGCAAGGUUGCCGGUCAAGUCACAGCUUUAACGUUUGACUCUUCUGGCAAGACACUUUGGGCAGGAGAUGACAAGGGUAUUAUUAUUUCAUUCCUCUUUGACCUUGGGAGUGGAGGUCUUAGAAAAGGGAAACGUUGUGUAGUGAGUGAAGGGGCGGCAGUCACCAGCCUUUCAGCUCGCACCUGGGCCAGUCGUGAGGCACCAAAUCCAACACUUCUUGUCAGUGUCGCUUGUAAUGCUCUUGUUUUGUACAGAGUAGUGGAUAAAGAAGGAGGUUUACGUCUGAAACGCAAAUUUAGUAUUAGUCACGAAUACCAGCCUGUGCGGUCGACGUUUUGUCCACUCAUGUCCUUCAGGCAGGGAGCAUGUGUUGUGAGUGGCUGUGAGGACUGUAGUGUUUGGUUCUUGGACGUUGAGAGAGAUACACGACCACUUAUCAACCGGCUGCAGGGUCAUGCAGCCCCAGUUCUGGGCGUCACCUUCAAUUAUGAUGAAUCUCUACUGGCAACUUCAGAUGCCACAGGACUUGUUAUUGUGUGGAAGAGGCAAUAGUUGCAUUCAAGAUGACCGUUGAUUGUUGUUGAAUCAUUAUAUUACUGAUGAGUGAACCCUCCAGUAUUGUUUAAUUGCUAGCUAAGUGUCGAGCAGUGUACCCUGUUGCAUUGUUUAUUAAAACUAAAUAUAUUUUAAUAAAGAUUAAGAGAUUAAACUACAAAAGUCAUGAUUUUGAUGAUCUAAUUUUUCAGACAUUUUUAAUUAUAGACUUAUAUUCAGUAAAUGCCCAAAGGUUUUAUGUUAGAGUGCUUAUAUCUUAAUAUGAUAUUUUUUAGGUGCUAAUGGUCAAAUCAGAAAAAUAAUUUUAAAUUUUGUAAAAAUCACAUACAGUACUGUAAAGAUGUGUAAAGAUGCAUGUUUGUUGGAAUGCUAAACAAAUUGUACAUAAAAAAUCUGGAAUAACAUUGGUUGUAAGCCGGCAAAUGGGACUCGCCUCUAGGCCACAUUGUUAUCAUUAUUAUUUUAAUAGAAAGUCUUCAAAAACAUAAUGGUUUCUGUUUUUGUUUGCAUGAUGCAAUACAAUAAUUUAUCAGAUUGGGAUAAUUUUGUAUUUUGUACUAAUAAUUGUUACUACAGGAUAUGUUUAGUUUGAAAAAUGUUGUCACCUCUUGGUAACAUUAUGUAGUAAUUCACAUUAAAAUUGUCUUAAAGUAGCUAAUUCUUGAUUUGUGGUUAACACAUCAUCUCAGAAGGUUCAACACCAUAACACACCAGGAUGGAACACAUGCCACAACACACCAGAAGGAACACACAUGCCACAACACACCAGGAUGGAACACACAUGCCACAACACACCAGAAGGAACACAAUUGCCACAACACACCAGAAGGAACACACAUGCCACAAUACACCAGAAGGAACACAAUUGCCACAACACACCAGAAGGAACACAAUUGCCACAACACACCAGAAGGAACACACAUGCCACAAUACACCAGAAGGAACACACCCAUAACACACCAGGAGAGACUGACGACUGUUAAUAAUUGUUCCAUAACACUUCAUAAUUUAGACAUGUCGUGCUUUGACUGAUGUAUUUGCUGCCAUCUUGUGAAAUUCACUUCAGUUCUACUUAUGGUACUGUAUAAAUGUUUAAACUUUAUUAGCUGUCUUCUCUUUUCUCCUGAGGUAUGUUUACAAUUUUCUGGAAAGUCUUUCUGUUUGUGAUCAUUUUAUUAUUUUUUUAAAGUUCUUAUUGAACCCAUGACAUUUUUUGAGAAAAUUGUUUAAUAGAGAAUGAAAUGCACUUGUUAAACCAUUUCACAGCAUAAAAGGAAAUGGAUAAAAAAAUGUCAUUACAGAGGGCAGAAUAAAGGUAGUUGUGAAGUGAUGAGCAUGCAGAGGUUUACUAAUUAAUGUAUUAUCUUGCCGAGUGUUGCAUCGGUAUAAUAAAUGUAUGUUGAAAAAGUGCAUUUAGGAAUCUUGCAAAUGCAUUAGUGAAAGAAGUUGUGCAGUACUGGUGUUGUGGACUGAUUUUGCUUGGAUCUCGUACUCUUAUUGUCCCACAUAUAGCUAAUAGCAUAUUGAGUUAUGCAGACACGUGUCUUAUUUUAGUAAAAUGUCCAUAACCAAUCUGCUUUAAAUUGUAAUUUUAAUAUGUACUUGUACCUAAUAUGUCUAAUAUAUUUUAAUUCAUCUAAUAUAUUUGAUCAAGUAAUUACCUGCUGAUAAAACAGGUUUUUCUUUUUCAAGUUUUUUCUUCAAGAUACUGUACGUGAAAUCUCCAUAUCUAUUUUUGUGUUUCAGAAUCUCUAAGAGCCGGCAACAGGCGUAACAAUAUUUUAAUGCAAAUUGUAUAUUGGGGUAUCUUGCUUAUACAAAGUCUACCGCUUAUUGGUUUGUAUCUUCUGUUCCUUUAAUGGGGCUCCAUCCAUGUCCAUAUUAUGCAAGUAGAAAUAUAUAUUUUUAGUGGAUUUUAUAUUUUUUUACUGAAAUUUUAUUAACAAUUAUAACUUUUAUUUGAAUAUGUAAAUAAAUAAAUGAAUGCCUUGAAGGUAUGGAUAUUUUUCUCUCCUCUUCCAGUUGAUAGUCUGAGGAAUCUGCAAUAUAUGAAUCUAUUUAAGUAAACCUGCCAUUUAGGCAUCAAAACCACUUUCCAAGAAUCCUCUCUCUAGCAUCAAACUUCAGUUUUCCAUAUUUAUUAAUUUUUUUAACAAACUUUCUUCCUAUGUAUUAUUGAUCUUUGAAAACUGGUGGAAACAUUCAGCUGCCUUGACUCGCUUCCCCAUAUAAUGUUCCUCUGUACGUUGGUGUACCACAUCACAACACUGACCAUCAUAACAGUGUUCCUCUGUACACUGAUGUACCACAUCACAACAUUGACCAUCAUAACAGUGUUCCUCUGUACACUGAUGUACCACAUCACAACAUUGACCAUCAUAACAGUGUUCCACUGUACACUGAUAUACCACAUCACAACAUUACUCUUAAUUAAUAUCUGCUUCUCAUUCGUUAGUGAUGAUUGGUUAAAAUAUUAUUGUGUAAGAAAAUGAUGGAUUUCAUUAUAUUAAACAUUUAUUAGACAUUUGUAUGUAGGUAUCCCAGACACAAUGUAUGCUCCUGACCUUUGGUUUAGCCCACGUGUUUAUUAUUUAUGCAUCCUUAUCUUGAGAAUGGAAAGAGAAGUCUUUGUAAUUCUCAUGUUACUGUGGUGUACUAUGUCAUUUUAAUUUGAAAUAUAACUUCUCAGUUGAGAUUAAUGCAAUAGCACUAAUGCACUAAUAAUGCAAUAGCACUAAUGCACUAAUACAAUAGCAAAAUGGGGAAUUUAUUUUUCCAGUAGUUUAUUAGUAAAAAUAUAUGAUGUGAGUUGUUAAAGAAUGCCAAUAUUUUUCACAUAUUUUAGUAUUAAAAUAUGAUGGUAAGAUUUUAAUUUUAAUUACUAAAAGAUAUGGAAAUUAUAUAUAUUUUUCAUAGUUUUGCUUAGUUAUUUGUAGUGUUAAGAAUAAAUUAAGUAUACUACAUUGUACCCUAUUUAUAUCCUAAUUAUGCAUAUGGUAGAUAAUGAAUCUCGUCACGAUGCAUUCCACAGAGAUCAAGUAGAGAUCUGCAACUGUUGUGACUCCUGCUCUAACAUACUAUAAGCCUCAUAUGCUUUCUGUGUUUUAUGGUUCCACAGAUUAACCUUGUAACUGGAAUACAUAAUAUAUAUUUUUUUUAAUGGUGUGUGUUGUCUGUUGAAUACAUAAUAAUGUGUUUGAUUAUGUAGUGGCAGCAUUGAGCAGGCUGGUUAUGUAGUGUUCUGUCAAUUGAUGACUGAAGCUCAAAUAACUUAAGGAAAAAAUUAAUUUUCUUUGGUGUGUAUUAAAAGAUAUCUUGAAAAGGUGGAGAAGAAAAAAUACAUUGUUAAUAUAUAUAGUGGUGUUAUUCUUUUCAUAAAUAAUGUAGUAAUUAACUCAUUAACCACAAGUGACAUCAAUAUUAGCUUUUAUUUUAUUUCACAUAAUCACUGCUAUUUUUAUAUUGGGGUCAGUAGCCCAAAAAUUGUGAUACAUUAAGUGUUGGGGCAGGUUGGUCGAUAUCUGGUUGAAAUAUACAGUAAUGUAGUGUACUUAUAUAUUUAUUGCCACUAAUCCAUAGAUGGUCAGGUGAUAUCUAAUCCAAGGACUGCUAAGGAAACUAUUGAUUGUACUUUAGAAAUGUAUAGAGUAAAACUUAUAAGUUUUAAAUGCAGGGAAUAUUGAAAGUUGGAUGAUACGUAACAUCUUUUGUUAAAGACCAAAGGUAAGAUAAACUAAGAAGAGCAAAGUCUUCCAAAUGUUCUUACAGUUUGUUUCAAUGUUUGUCACUAACACAAUAUGAUGUAUGUUUAUUAAUCUUUGUUUUAAGCUCACAUCAUUGUGUCAUUUGUAUUAAGAAUGAAGUAGAGCUAAUUGAAUCCCAGGUUUUAUUGUCAUGCAGGAUGAGAUAUUUAGGUAGCACAUUUCCUUACACCUGAUGACUCUGUUCACCUAGCAAUAAAUAGGUAUCUGGGAGUUAGGCAACUGUUGUGGGUUGCAACAUAGGAAAAGUCAGUAGUUCAGCAAGGAGGGACCUCAGUAAGCCUAAUAGGCAUACUAGUCCCAACAAUGGGAAAAUAUUUACCCAGUGUGCACAGUAUCCAAGAUCAAUGAUGAAUCAGUGUCAUCUUUGUUGAUUCAAUGUUGAUUCACUGUAGAUAACAUUAAUUGAAUGUGGAACUAAGGCCAUAGAUAUUGUACUCACUGGAUAUUUACAGUCUUCCUUGAUGUGCAAUAUUUGAUAAUGGUUAGGAAUUGGAAGCUGUACUGUAUAUACAUGUCGGUGUAGAACAUAACAUUUGACUUUUCUCACAAGAACUUAUUUUCAUUUAAGUGACCAAGAACAUGACUGCACAGGUAUCCGUCCCAUUACCAUUACCCAUCCGUCUGCUUAUAAAUAAUAGGGUAAUAUAUUAACAGUUUAAUAAAUUUAUGAUAUUCAUUGUUUACUGUGUAAAUAGCUUGACUAUUAACUUGUACAAGUAAAGAAAUAUAUUUAACUGCGAUUUA